AUGAAGCGGCCCUGCUGCCCGGGUCUGCUGGGGUUUGGGCUUCUCCUGGUGGCCUGCUCCCUCGCGCUGAGCCAAGGGCGCCGAGCCAGGAAGCUGUGCGGCAGGCACUUGCUAUCAGAAAUAGUCAAGCUCUGCGGCCACACUAAUUGGAGCCAGUUCCACUUUGAGGAGGGCACCUCUUUGACAGCGUCGACCUCCAAGGAGUCCCAGAAGGCUUCCAAGCAAGAUCAUUUCCACAGUCCCCACGCCUCUUUCCCGGUCGAGGGAAGAUUCGCAAAACCAGCCUCCGCAUCUGCCUCAUGGAAGGACACAGAAAGCAGCUGGGAGGUUCAACCACAGCCUGAGUAUCAGUAUGAAAAGGCCAACUUGCUUCCUGAGAAGACAAGAGAACUUUCUUCAUUGCACGACGUCAAUCCAUAUGUUGAGAGUGUGAACAUUCAGAAGAAAGACACAAACAAAAUUAAAACCUCAAGUAGUCUAUUUUGGGAGUAUCAUCUGCAAAGAAAACGCAGAGGAUAUUCAGAUAAAUGUUGUCUUAAAGGUUGUACAAAAGAAGAACUGGCCAUUGCAUGUAUCCCAUACUUUAAUUUUUAAAGCUGGAUGAUAAAAGGAACCUCACCAGUGACUGAGAUGUGCUAAUCAUCAUAGAAACUACACAGACUUAAUAAAAGCUUACUAUUUAUUACUUUUUGGAAUCAUACUUUUGGAGGUGCCAGACUGAAUCUGAAUGUAUUUGCAAUAUAUAUGAAUGUAUUGAAAGCACUUGGUUCUUAGUAACUGGCACAAUCUUUUAUAAUAUGUUAAAUUUAUAUAUAAGGGAAGAUAUCAGUGAAGUAGGAUCUUAGUGGUGAUAGCAGUAAUCUUAGUUUCUUGUUCAGUGACACCAUCUUUUCCAUGUUCUUAUACUUUUUAGGGAUUGUUACUGAGGAAGUAUGAUUUAUAUAGGCAUUAAAA